CUGACAUGCACGGAUUACAAUCUGUCAGUUUUGACAGCCGGGCUACGCAAAGGGAAAUAAAAACAUUAGAGUCUGUACUAUUCUUUGCAAUCUCAGUUAAUAAAGUGUUAAUGUUUUUUAACUAGUACCAUCACGCGGAUUUUACAUUAUUUUAUUUAACAAGCUUGUCGAGACGAAAUCUCUAGAAUUGUCGAGUAUAUUUCACACAACUCGAGUAUUUUGUUUUUCCGCUUUCUGAUAAUAGAUGGCGUUGUACUUCUCGAGCGUUCUAGAUGCUGCUAGAUCCUUCGAUAUUCGUUCAGCUAUUCGGCGAUAGAUGGCGUUACUGUUACCGGCGUAACAAUAUUAAAUAUAUGUAUAUUAGUCGUCGGUUUUCAUGAUAAAGGCAUUAAUUACUACAUAGUUAUGUGUAAGCUAUGGUUAGUUUGAGACCAGACACUUUGUGUUUUUGGCCGAUUAUUUAUUUAGACUAGACAGACGAGCACGUGAACGUGACGUGACGCAACGUGAACACCGUGACACACCUUGAGAUAUGAGGUCGACGUCUCAAUUGUCAUAUAACCUCAUUCUGCGAGCCGAUACGGAACACAGCUUGAAUCAGCAAUAUGCUGAAUCUAGGUUAUUACCAAGAUAGAUAGCACGUUGUUUUAAAACUGUCUUGAUUCUCCUGUAAAUCUUUGACCGGAAAGUAUAAUCCUUAGCGCAACUGGAAUACAAUUUGUACAUCACUUCAGACAGACAAACAAAUUUCGAUAGUAGAGAUAUUAAAUAGUAGACGCAAAAUCGAUAUAAACUCUAAAUAACACAGUGCAUUUUACGAGGUAAUUACAAAAAUUGAUGCGAACUUUUAAUUAAUCUAUUCGUUUACGUAUUAUUUGUAUACGUCAUAUCACAAUCAUCAACUUCGUAAUGCACUUCUGAGCUUUUCACAGAAUUUAACUGAAAAACAAAAACUUUUAAUAUUUUUCUUUACGUGAUUCGCGAGUCAGACGCAAUUAAGGCUAGCGUUACAUACUGUUUUUAAUCUAACAUUUUUUAUUGUCAUUAUUAAUACCGUAAUUUUUUUUUGUUAAAUUAUAAUCGUGUGUGUUUGAAAUAUUAACGAUUUAUGGCGCGACUUAUCUCGUGAUCUGAACAAUGAGUAAAUCAUGAUAGCUAUAUUACUGUCUAUUCUGUGUAAGUAUUAGUUUUAUAUUGAUAAAGGACUUGGAUUUGUGUAGGAUAGUAAGUUGUAGUCGACUGCUAGAACCAGCCGAAGUCAUCGUAGCCUAAUAGAUAAGACAGCCGGUAUUGAAUGACGCAACCGUGCCAAGGUUCGAAUCCCGCAGGCGGGUACUUAUUUUUUUAAUGAAAUACGUAUUUAACAAAUGUCCACGAUUCCACGGUAAAGGAAUAACAUAGCGUGUAAUAAAAAUCAUAUCCGCAAAAUUAUAAUUUUCGUAAUAGCUGGUGAUGGUAGGACGUAUUGUGAGUCUGCACGGGUAGGUACCACCGCCCUGCCGUGACUUGACGUGAAUCAGUAAUGCGUUUCCGUUUGAAAUGUGAAGCAGCCGUUAUACUGUUAAACCUGACGCCAUUCGCUUCAUCAUUAUUAUUGCCUUUCAUGGUGACAGUAAUUACGAUUCACUAUUCCAAUGUAUUCCUUUAUUACAUUUCUAGAGUACAACGUUAACAACAGAGAGCUCCGCUCCUUUCGGCUGCUCGAGUCUGAAUGUUUUGAGCGACAAUAGUCACUCGUAUUUAUAGUAGAAAGUGUGUGGGUAGCUUAGUAAUAAAUUAGUCUUAAACAGUUGUUGACAUGCGUAACAUUAAGGAAACAGUUAACUUUAACUGUUUUUAGUUUUAAUAGUGAUGUUGCGCCAAGAUAUAUCAUUGAGAAUAAUUAAAUUUUUCCUAAAUAAGUCAUCGAUCCCUGCGUAUCCAACCACACGGGAUGGCCGCCGCGCCCGCUGCCCUGGAAGACCUGGGCGGACCAGCUGAUAGCCAUUCAUCUUAUAAACAUGACAGCAGAACUAAUCAGAGAUGCGGAUUUAAAAGUGAGGCACGCUGAUAAAAUCCAGUCCCAGUACAAGAAUUCAGUGACAUACGAAUUAGGCACUAUAGCCGCCGGCAUCCAAGACAAAUAUAGACACAUGCUGGAGAUAUACAGGAUUUAUUCGAAUGUCACGUUGCAUAUGGCGGUGAACUUCACAAUUUAUGACAGCCUGAACGCGUAUCACGUUCUGCAAAGCGAUUACAAUGAGAUCAAAGUGGAGCAAAAUCUAUUCUAUGAGGUGCUGGCGAAGCACGAGGGUGAGAAACGGAAGCUGGAGAAGCUGAGGAAGAAGCAGCUGGAUAAGAUGAGGGGCUCGCUCGGCUUCGAAGGGGGCGGCGGGAGAGGUCGCAGACUCGGAAACAGAAAACCGGCGUUGUGGAGGGACGGCGGAGCUUUCGAAGCUGGGAACUUUGAUUUCGGUGCUGAUUGGAAAUAAAGCUUGUCAAAA